UCUUCUAAUCAAUGUCAAACAAAUGUAAAACGCUUUUAACAUUUUUCCUUUAAAAAAGAAAACUCGUCAUUUUCAAAAAUGUCAUAUGUGUGAACCGUGAAAUUCCCGUAUGAAUCAAAGAUGUGGUUUUCGUGUGGUCGAGCACCGUCCGCUGUCUGCAAAUAUUUAAAGCGGUACAACAAACAGUGUUUUUUACUUAGAAAUACUUCAUCUACAAACACAUGCUUCUUUUCCGUUUCUUCACCUACCCAUCACGCCAAAGCGACCAAUUUCGAAGUAUGCCAUAUCACGGAUUCUAUGGUUGAUCCUUGUAAACCAGAACCAGCAGUUGUUAUUGUUGGCGCUGGAAUUGCUGGACUUUCAGCUGCUCACCGAUUAUCUCAAAGUGGAAUUAGUAAUUUUACUAUUUUAGAAGCCACAGAUAGACCUGGUGGAAGAAUUCACUCGUGUUGGCUGGGUGAUGUUAUCGCUGAAAUGGGUGCUCAUUACAUCGAAGGUGGAUGUAGCGCAAAUCCGGUUUAUAAUUUGGCAGCUCAAGAAGGUCUUCUACAACAACCUGUACCGAGAAUUGAUCCGAACAAAGGUUUAUUUUGCACGAGUGAUGGUAGAGCGAUAGAUGCACCAGUUAGUUGUACGGCUUAUCAUGUUUUUAAACAAAUUGAACACGAGGCUUCGCUUUUAUUCAGUUUGGGUGGUGGUAAACAUGGGUCUUUAAUGAACUUUUUCAGUGUUAGAAUACAACAAGAGUUACAAAACUUUCCGGAGGACCAAAGAUAUGAUGCGUCUAGAAUAAUGUAUGGUAUGACAAGUGGAAUUAGAUCAAGAUGGGGUGAAGAUCUAACAAGAAUAAGUGCGGAAAAUUACGGUAGUUACAUAUCAAUUCCCGGUGGGAAUGUUCGAGUACCGUUGGGCUUUGUUGGAGUUCUUGCACCCCUUCUCCGGGAAUUACCCGAUUGCAGUUUAAAAUAUUGCAAACCGGUUGGUAAUAUUCGAUGGGGUGCUGUUCAAAGUAGAAAUAAAGGACCAAGAGCAGUGGUACAAUGCUGCGAUGGCGAUGAAUUUUGCGCAGAUUACGUAGUUGUCACGGUUUCUUUAGGAGUUUUGAAACAACAUGCUGAUAAGCUUUUCUGCCCAACUUUGCCAUCCGAAAAAAUUGAAGCUAUAAAGGCUUUAGGUUUCGGACAGGUUAAUAAAGUAUUCUUAGAUUACGCCCGACCGUUUUGGGUUUGGCGCGAAGGUGGGAUUAAAUUCGCUUGGUCUGCAGAUGAAUUAGCUUCACGUUGUGAUUGGACGAGAGGUUUAAGUUCGGUCGAAGAAGUCGAAGGUAGCAAACACGUCCUUUGUGCGUACGUUUCCGGUCCAGAAGCUGCAGUUAUGGAGAAAGCUUCCGAUGAAGAAGUCGCGGAAGGAAUAACUAAAGUUUUGAGACAAUUCACUGGAGAUGCGUCUUUACCGUAUCCUUCCACGAUUCUUCGCUCAAAAUGGGUUACAGAUCCUUAUUUUUGCGGAUCUUAUAGCUAUAUGGGGUUAAAUUCAACAAUUGGACAUCAAUGUGAUUUAUCGAUGCCUUUGCCUGGUCCUUGCGAACCGGAACCUCCUAUUUUAUUAUUUGCCGGGGAAGCUACGUGUGCUGGUCAUUAUUCAACCGUUCAUGGUGCUCGUUUAAGUGGAGUUAGGGAAGCUGAGAGGAUUAUACAAUUGACGAAAAAACUCGGAGGACCACCACCGAAACUUUAGAUUUUUUUGUGUAUUUUUAAUGUCUAUAUUAUAUUCUACAAAAACGUGGAGUAAAUUUAUUGUUGUGUA